AUGCAUUUGAUGUACACCUUAGGUGCCGAUGGCAAGAGAAUCUACACUUUGAAAAAGCUUACCGAAGACGGGGAAAUCACCAAGUCUGCUCACCCAGCCAGAUUUUCACCAGAUGAUAAAUACUCCAGACAAAGAGUUACUUUAAAGAAGAGAUAUGGUUUAUUACCAACCCAAGAAAACAAAGAUUAA